CUCUCAAAUCUCAAUCAUUUCCGAUGAGACUGUAUUAUUUAUAUGUAAACCUACAAAAGACUAUGCCAGUUCGAACCCGAGAUCAUCCACAAACAGCGCUACUCAAAUGGCCUCCAAAAACUUACUUCGUCGUUGUUCUUCUUCUUCUGAAACGGUUACGAAAACCAAAAUCGCAUCUUUGUUCACAAAACCGGGUAAAGUGACUACAACUAUACCACCAGAUUCAGUACAUAACGUUGAAGAGGUAGCGAGGCUUGAUCAAUUCCUCCAAAAAAAUUGUAAACAAGGUAAUAUCACUCUUGAUGAAGCACGCUAUUUCUUUCGUUUAAUGAUUCAUAUGCAACCCAAACCACCAAUUUUAUCAUUCAACCGGUUGUUUGGAGCUCUUGCUAAGAAGAAGUUUUAUGAAGACGUCAUUUCGCUUUACAAGCGAGUGUGUUCAAUUGGGUUGUUGCCGGAUCUUUUUACUUUGAAUAUUUUGAUUAAUUGCUAUUGUAAUGUGGGUCGAGUUUGUGAUGGUUUUGUUGUUUUUGGGAGGAUUUUGAGGUGGGGUUUUUACCCAGAUGCUGGGACUUUUAAUCUUUUGAUUAAAGGUUUGUGUUUGGAGAAUAGGAGUUUGGACGCUAUGAGGUUGUUCAAAAAAAUGGCUGUGUUUGGGGUUAAGCCUAAUAUUGUUUCUUAUGGUAGUAUUAUCGAUGGUGUUUGCAAAGAUGGGUUGGUUGAUAGGGCCAAAGAAGUUUUUUUGGAAAUGAAGAGUAGAGGAAUUAAGCCAAAUGUGGUAGUUUGUACCUCUCUAAUUUACGGUUUGUGUUUUGUGGGAAAUUUGGAGGAGGCUGUGAGUUUGUUUACUGAGAUGGCGGAUCAAGGUUUGCAGCCUAAUGUGCUAACAUAUAAUACAAUUAUAAGUGGGUUUUGCAAGGAGGGAAAGAUAGAGGAAGCUAAUGGAUUGUUAGAAUUGAUGAUCCAAAGAGGUUUGCAACCAGACAUAUUUAUUUAUAGUACUUUGAUGGAUGGUUAUUGCUUGCUGCAUAGAUUUGAUGAUGCAAGGGAGCUGCUAAUCUCUAUGGAGACUAAGGGCUGUAAGCCUAACGUUGUCAGUUAUAGUACUUUGAUCAAUGCCUAUGGCAAGAAUAGGAAAUUAGAGAAUGCUAUGAGUCUUUUCAGGGAAAUGAUUUCAAAGGGAAUUAGACCGGCAGUAUUUACAUUCAACGCUUUGUUGACUGGUCUUUUUCUAUCAAAUAAGGUUGGAGCUGCACAGAAACUAUUUGCUGAGAUGAAAAUUUAUAAUGUCGCACCUGAUUCAUUUACAUAUAAUAUUUUGAUUGAUGGGCUAUGCAAGAAUGGCCGUGUUCUGGAGGCAGCAAAAUGGUUUCGUACUUUGGAGUACUAUGAGUUUAAACUUAGUAUUGAAAUCUAUAGCAGCCUCAUUGAUGGGUUGUGUAAAAAUGGAAUGAUCGAAAUUGCUUGGGAGAUAUUUGACAAAUUGCCUCAAAAAGGCCUAAUGCCAGACGUUAUGACAUAUACCAUCUUAAUCAAUGGGUUUUGUAAAGAGGGAAAACUACGAAAGGCAUAUGAUUUGUUAUUUGAUAUGGAAAAAAAGGGUUGUGCUCCAAAUGUCUUUACAUUCAAUACUCUUAUGCGAGGUUUUUUGCAAAAUAAUGAGGCAGCUAAAGUGGUUGAACUUCUUCACAAAAUGAAGGACAGAAAUGUGAUACCAAAUGGUAUCACAUUUUCCGUAGUUGUGGAUUUACUGUCAAAGGAUAAAGAACUUUUGAAGUUGCUUCCUCAAUUUCCUCCGCAAAAGUCAACAAGAGGCUGACAUGAUGAAUAUUGCUGUACUUGACUAUAAAAACCAUCUUCAAUGCUGUGAAUGUCUGUGAAGUAUUGUUGGUGCUGAUGAAGGCUGACUCUGAGUAAUUGUUGUGGGGUUGAUUAAUAUGCAGUGCAGAAUGAUGAGAAGUGAUGUUAAUGUUGUUGUGUUGAUAUUGAUUUAGUGUUGGUGUUAUUGAAGUAAUAGUCUGUAGUAAAAGAAUAUGGUCAUAAAAAGAACAGAGUUCUUGUAGUAUGACAAAGGCAGAGAGCAGAGUAAAGUCUGUUAAUUGAAGACAUGUUUUGUUUUAAGGGGAAAUAUUGAACAUAUAAGCUACUUGGGUUUAAGUGUAAGAAUUAGAAAGACUUGUAAAAAAAGGGUGCGUUUUGUCCGUUUAACAAGUAACAACUAUACAAAACAGUAGCCCGCCUAUUCUAAUG